AUGCCUCUCAAUGGGAAGAAACAUAUUGAAGAAACAUUGCAUGAACUAGUUAACGAAGAGGAGUCUCCAUUGAAUUUUGAGCUAGAGGUGCAACAAGGUAGAGGAAGACCAUCUAAAGGAAAAAAGAAAAAGGGAUUCAGUUCAACAACUAGAGACCCGUCACAAUUUGAAGUUGUUGAAGCAGGAUUGAGGAGAGCAACUCAUAGAAGUGGAGAAGGUAGUAGUCAGACAAGCCAAAUCGCCACCAUUAAUUUGAGUGAAGAUCAAAUCCCAACACAUCUGGAUGAUAGAGAUCCACUGAAUUUUGUUGAUUUGAAUUUCCCACCUACUCCAUGUGAUGAGUUUCAAUGGCCGAAGAGGAGAGGGAAAGGAGCAUCACACGAAGCUGAGUUUGGGCAGCCGGAAGAGGAACUACGUCGUUCAUCAGAGGUUUCUCCAACUGAGGUUAGUAAAUCUGUGCUAAAUCUGGGUGGGAAAAAUCAUGAAUCUGAGAUCUUGGAAAAGUUAUGUCAACAAAAGAUUGUUCAAAUUGGAGAGUCCUCUACCUCUAAUUUAACAUCAAAUCAGGGGAAUGAAACUGCGGUUGAAUCUAGGGUUCAUGAUGUAUGGAGCACUUUUAACCCUAGUAAAAUGGAAGGAAUGAAUAGGAAACUGGAGUAUAUUGAACCUAGCUUUGUGAAUGAUAUGUCAAUUGCAAAGGAGCAAAAGGUGAAGUAUGAAUGGCUCCCGGUUCAGUGCAAAAACUGUAAGGGUUAUGGGCAUGAAUUGAGCCAAUGCAGGAGGUCAACGGAAAAAACUUGGAAGCCAAAGGAAACAAAUGUGCAGAAAGAAACACAACAAGUGAAAGAAAAAGAUGGUGCAACAAAAGCAACAACCGUGGAUGCUACAACCUCAGACACAGGUGUGCAGGAAGUAAUAUUCGUUCAGCAGGAGGAGAGGAAUGAAAAGAAGGACUCUGAACAAGGGAAGGCUCAAAUAACUCAGAGAGAGGGGAAACAACCAAUGAUACGGAAGGAUUUGAAAUUCACUGAUGCAAAGGUAGUGGAUAAGCAGAGAAAAGCAGCUAGGCAGGGUAGUCAUGAUGGUGCUAGUAGCCCUAAUCCAGGUAAUGUGAAGGUGGAGGAGCAAUUUAUACAUUGCAGUUGUAAAGAGAUGAAGACUGGGAAAAGGUUUGAAUUAACAGUUGUUUAUGCGGCUCAUACUGCUCCGGGCAGAAUUUCUCUCUGGAAUGACAUCACAGCACAAGCAGGUAGUGUAAAUGGUCCUUGGAUUAUAGUAGGAGACUUUAACUGCAUUUUGACACCAGACGAGAAACUGGGAGGGUCCGUAGCAUUGAGUUCCGACUCAGGCAGUUUUCGAAUGGUACUAGAGCAAAGUGAAAUGGAAGAAAUCAAGACUCAUGGAAGCAAGUACACAUGGAGCAAUAAACAGUUUGGUAAUAGCAGAAUAUUGGCAAAGCUGGAUCGAAUGCUAGUAAAUGAUCAGUGGCUAGCAAUGUACCCGGAAGCAACAGCAAAGGUCUUAACUCCAGGAAUCUCGGAUCACCAUGCCAUACUGCUGGAAUGGAGAGGCACAGGAAAUCAGUGUUAUACAGCAAAAAAAGGUUAUGAAUGGUUGAUGGGAGAACAGGCAAAAUCUGUAAGUGCUAAGGUAGAAGAUAUUGAUCACUUAUUCUUUCAAUGCUCCUACUCACAGCUGCUGCUACAGCUUGUCCUAACAUGGCUGAGGAUUAAACUGAGACUUAGAACACUGAGAAAUAGCUUGGGGAUUCUAUUAAAGGUAUGGAGACAUAAAAAGAUGCAGCAAAAAGUGUUGUUUUCUGCUAUUACUGCUGUAAUUUAUAAUAUAUGGGAAGAAAGAAACUUGAGGAAGUUUAGAGGUGGCAGGCAGGAAGUAUUAGAUAGAGCUGUAAAAAUUAGGCAGGAAGUGUUUUGCAGCAAAGUAAGGAAGAAAGCAGAAAUUGAGUUUUUAAAUAGCAUAGGUAUCUCCUCAAACUGA